GUUUGAUUUGCAUAUAAUUUUCUAAGCCCUCCAUUUGCUCACGGUGUAUAUUUUACAAUGUGCAUCGCAACAAAAGACCAGCGUUUUCAUCACUGAUGCAUCAGACAAUGGCACAGAAUGAGACGGGAAAAGAAGAUAAAUCAGCUCUGACGAAGAAACUUCGCGAUUUCUUCGAAAGGUACGUCAAGAUUUCUGAGGAAGACACGGCUCGCACCAAAAAAUUGGUCAAAGAUUAUAUUGAAAACCUGAUCAUGGUGCACUGUCGAGAGAAUUCCAAGCUUCAGAUAAAAAAACUGGAGUAUACUGGCAGUUUUUACGAGAGGCUGAAGACCAAAUAUGCUGAUGAAGUAGAUAUCAUGGUGGUAAUGGGAACGCCAACUUCAAAAAUUGAGGUUUCCAAAUCCGAAGUGCCCGGUUAUGUCCGCCUUGUGGAAAGAGAAUGCCCUGUGUUAGGAAAGUAUGCCCUGCCUAAAGGGUAUAUUAGCCCCGACCGCAUUCGAAAUUAUUGGUUCAGUCUCGUUCACCGAGCAGUGAAUUAUAUACGUCUGAACUAUAAAUCUGAAUUUCGUCUUGUUGUACGUAACCACGGACCAGCUGUCCAGUUGGACUUUUUAACAGAAGAAUCAGCUGAGAAAUUUUUAUCAGUUGAUCUCGUUCCUUGCUUCCAAGUUUCCAAUUGCUACUAUGUGCCCAAGCCUCUGAAAGGCAAACGAUUUUUCCCUUACAAGGCGCGCCUUUGGAGGCAGUCAUUUUCGUUGAAGGAGAAGGAAGCCUUGGAGUUCAUGGACAGAGAAGACCAUGGCUGCAGGCACGAGUUCCUCCGAAUUAUGAAGACCAUGGUGAAAAGACCGCAGACAUCUUUACCACUGGAUUCCUAUUACUUGAAAACGGCCUUUUUACAUUACCUUAAGAAUGGAGACCUAGAUUGGGUGAGUAAAGACGCGUUGGGGAAGCAUUUCCUUAAUUUUCUAGGGGCAUUGCAAAUUUAUAUGCAAAUGAGAAAUCUUCCUCACUACUGGGUAACUGGUGCAAACCUUUUGGACGAUUUCAAGAGAGGUGUUGUCGAAAAGAUGGCAAAUCGUUUGCGAAGGAUUCUGGAAAGCGACGAAAGGCUAAACAAAAUUCUUGAAUAGCUUCGACAACUCUGACUGUCUUUUUCGCGCUAUCAACGAUAGUACCAUUUCACUCAAUUCCAACUCCAAAUUUGUUCGGUAAAGGGCCAGCUAUAAACCGAAAAGAAUCAUUUUUCAUAGAGAUUUGAUUCGUGGCUGACUUACCACAUCGUUAUAAUCUUCAACUAUGACUACUGAGUAGUAUGAACGCAAUACUCUAGAAGUUGUAGUUAUUUACAGGGCAAGUGGACGCUGAAAGCUAAAAUGUGUUUGACAAAUUACGUGUUGACCAACAAACCAGGUGACCAGAAACAUUUCUUCACGUUGUGAGACCUUCCUUGAUAGCAAACAAGGAAUUAAUAAUGGUCAUUAUUAAAAUGUCCGGCAGACAUUCAGAGCACUCUGAUUUUUUGUACAGAAAUUUCAUCCAUGGAGUUUGGAUCCCUAAAUUCAUUGUUAAGCCAAAGUAAAAUAUCUGCAAAACACAGGGGAUGUGAUAGCAAUAUUUGAGCUGCAUAUCGAGUUCCCUUUUGCUGACUAUUGCCUCUGAUGGGAGGCGAAGCCACAUUUAUCGUCGAAAUGGGUGAGUGAUGAUAAAAUUAUAAUUCCGUCGAUCUUGACUCGAUAUUUCCCGGUGCUAGUUACUGUAUCUCUUCAGAUUUUCUGGUAAAAACGGUAAAAUGUCCCCUCUUCAAAGAAAAACAAUUGUCCUGUAAGUUUUUAUGAUGUACUGAACACACAUAUUGAGAUAAAUAUGCAUGUAAAAGCUUUGUUUUUCACAUGCCAUCCUGAAAUUAUUGUGAGAUGUUUAUUAUCUUAUGUAGUACC